AUGAGUCAACACAAACGUGGUUCGCAUGAUUCCUUGUCACCAGAGGAAUGUGAAAGACUUGUCCUCUCACCUCCACCAGUAGCAUUCAACCCUGAGAAACUGAAAGAAUUUGUUUCGGUAAAUCGUGCUUUGUCUGCAAAGCGCAGCCUACAUUCGGUCAACACAAAUGAAAGCACCCCCGUACUUCCCAGGCACGCAAGCAUAGCUUGGUCUCAUAGCGAAUUUGAUUCAAAGUUUAAACGCUACGAAUCAGAGUUAAAGUCAGCGGUUGUACCUGGUGGCCCUCAAGAAUCAGAUUUGAAGCGUAAUUACCAGGUUUCUUUAAACACGGCUGAAAAGGAGACUUCGUCAUCUCCAGUCGCCGAUUCCUCAGAACACGCAGAGGAUGUCUCAUCAACUCAACUUAAAAAAAGUGGGUCAAUUGUACGUGGCAAGAGUAGUUGGAAACGCUUAUUGUGCUGUGUUUCUGCCCACACUCCGAUUCCUGAGGAGCAAAAUCGAAAUAUUUUGAGGCCUGUAUCUUCUCGUGGAGAGUCAGUCCAAUUUGCAGAGGACGCCCCAGAGGUCAGCACAAAAAUAACAAAAUCAAGCAAAUUAUCUUCAUUGUUUAAGAAAAAACAUCGCAAUGGCGGCCCCUCCCCAUCCCCAGUGAAGCUUCGCUCUGUGCACAAGUCCCCACAAAUAGCAGACGAACGUCUCAAGACCCCGGCACCAACUCUACUUGUCACCCGACACAACGAUCCCACCGUGAUAAAUGAGACUAACCACACACACAUUGAAGAAAAUGGAGUAGCUGGGUGCCAUCUAAACGUUGAUGAUCGAAUUUCGGAGUCGACAAACUCUCGCGAUAGCAUUCGGAGCGAUGACUCAUAUUUGGGACCGAUUGAUCAGGUGAGUUUUUAA